UGUUCAGUAACUUGAGAAGAAUUCCUUUUGAAAUGGGGGAACUUACUUUCCUAUCUUGAUUGUUUCUGGUAACAGUGUCAUCAAGAUAUCUUUUUGAGAGAACACUUCUUACAGUGCUUCAACGAGAAACGAAAACAUAGCUUAACGAAUGGGUAACAUUUUGCAAAGUCAAAAUCCAGAAUUCAGUCAGGAGUCAGCAGUAACAUUUCUAAGCGUCAGCGUACGUCCUGGAGAGCUAGACACAAGAUGAUCUUGCUUCAAGUAUCUAAUGUAAUAGCCAGAAAAUAUUGGUAGAGCUUUAGAGCUAGGUGGGGCCGAAUACACUGAGUACGUGAGGAAGGCUUGAAGCAAACGGGCACUGUCAUCUCAUUGCGAACAUGGCUGCAUUGAAUGACUUGAGUAGACAUUCUUGGAAGCAAUUUCAGCAAAAAGAGUGACGACAAAUUCAUUUCCAAAACCCAAACUUGUCAAAUUUAUUCCUUUAUUGAAGGAUUAUCGGCAAUACCGAGGAACAAUAACCCCAAUGGAAAAGUUCAAUUGCGUGUAUCAUUUUACGUCGGCAACUUUUACGUAUGCCAAGAUCUUUCUGACUGUCCAUCACUCUUGUUUACUCCGCGGCUCCUUGGUAGAUUCACUUUAAUGGAUAUGUCUUCUUACAUUGGCCUUGAAAGCAACGCCGUAACUUUGUACGGGCCGACAUGGUAAACACGACACUGUUUUAAAGCCAUAACAUUAACUAGGAGUAAUCUUGUUUUAUGAAAAGUACUCCCCCAUCAGCGGUGGAACACGCCGCAGAUUACUAAACUACAGCUGAGAUUAAAAGCAAUCAAAUUUACGUGACCACAGAGCAGGGAAACGGAUUAUAAGUACAUUACGGCUAAGUCCACACACUGAUCUGCUGGUAAUGAAAGCUUGUCAAAAAGUUGUACAAAGUGUAAAUAUACAUUAAGUAAAUUACAUUCUUUGGGCUUUUGAAACUGCUCAACAAAAGGUCGUUUAUUCCAAUAAUGCCAUGCGUGGUAAACAAUAUUUCUCAUCUCUAGCCUUUCUCACAAAUUAUCGUGUAAAAUUUUACCAUGUCCCUUGUCCCAGCGAAAGCAAAUCUGAGUUUCUCCAUUGAAAACAUUCUCAAGGAAGAAAAUUCUUCGGAAAGUUCUAUAAUAGCCAGACCGGAUGAUAAUGAUGAUACAGCAAUAGCUCUUCAACAAGGAUCCUCUUCGCCUGAGAGAUCUUUGACCAGUGAUCUUCCAUGGCUGGCAUACACUAGAUAUUGUCCGCCUAAAAUUCCAAGGUCGAAAAAUCGUAAAACAAUCAACAAGCGGAAAGUAAGUGGGAGCCCCAGGGUGCCAUUCUCUUCAGAACAGCUACUGGAAUUGGAGAAAAGCUAUGAGGACACCCAUUACGUUACUGGCGCCAAAGUUUCACAACUUUCUAGUAAGUUAAAACUUCCAGGAAACCGCAUCAAGAUUUGGUUUCAGAACCGCCGUGCGCGGGAAAAAAAGAAGGCAAGGAAGGUGGGAAAAUAUCAGAACCAACAACUGACUGAAAACGAAACAAGUGCCGAGACAACGAUUACGCCUCAGGAAAAAAUCGAUCAAAAUAGAUACUGUUUAUCACAAUUUUACCCUGCUCCUUUUGGGAGGAGAGAAUCCGCUUUCUCUCCAAUGUUUAUGUCUCGGUUAGUGUAUACCGAUUGUCCGUUAAAAUGGAGGAAUCUGAAAUCAGUGCCCUAUAUAUCAAACGUACCUCGGUUUCAUAACCUUAAGUAUGUUAACUGCGAUCUGCACGAAGGAGUCAGGUGUGUUGUUCAACGUACAUAACAAGUUAGAUUUCCUUACAACAAACAAUUCUGAGUGUGAAAACCCCU